AAACAUCUAAUCAAGAAAUAAAUAAUACCAAAAAUACAUCUAAUCAAUAUAAUAAUAUACUAGUUCAAAAAUUAUCUAAUCAUAAUAAUAAAGAUCUUGCUGAAACUGAUGAUUAUUUGAAAUAUAAUAACGAUAAAAAAAAUUGA